AUGCGUGUUGCCGCCGUAACUUCCCUAGUGGCCUUCGCUGUUUCGGCUGCAGGUAUCGUGAUCACCUCGCCUAAGAUUGGCGAGAAGGUCGAUUUCUCCGAGCCGGUUACCAUCAAGUGGCAGCGAGUUUCGACCGACCCGACCACCGUCGACAUUGUUCUAGUCAACGAGGAUGUUUACCCACCUGUGACGGAAACCGUUGCUUCCGGGAUCGAUACUGACAAGGGCUCCUAUACGAUGAAAGCCCACAGCAAAGAUGUAUCCGAUACAGACACUGGUGCUGGCUAUCAAGUCAACUUUCUCUCGCCUUCAGGCGGCAUUUUGGCUCAGUCACAACAAUUCAAAGUGACUGACCCAAAGGCCGAAGCUUCUAGUUCUGGUAAGAAAGCCAGUACUGCUAGUGAAAUGUCUACUGCGAGCAUGCUAUCUUCCACUUUGGCAUCGACGACUACCACUUCUGCUACUUCGGCUUCUGCUUCUUAUACUUCUUCCUCGACUGCUUCUUCUUCUCCGAUGACUACUCACUCUUCCACCAGUGCGUCUUCCCAUACCACCUCUUCUUCUUCUAAUACUGCAUCUUCUACUUCCUCUCGCACUUCGUCUUCUAUGACGACGUCUACUAGUGCGUCUUCAAUCACCCAUUCAUCUUUUACCCCAACUUCCACCCCGACUUCUAGGUCUACCAGUUCGUCUACCCUUUCCCCUUCAUUUUUGCGUUCUGUCACUGCCACUACAAGCACUCAAAUGAGCACCAUUUCUUCUCCUUCGUACUCAAGCUCGCGCACUUCUCCUUCAAAACCCCAUAUUUCCAUGUCCCAUUCAUCUCGCACCUCUACUCCUGGUGAGUAA